GUCCCACGUGCGAGUCAGGCCUCUGAGUUCUUCCCGGGCCCUGUCCCACGUGCGAGUCAGGCCUCUGAGUUCUUCCCGGGCCCUGUCCCACGUGGGAGCCAGGCCUCUGAGUUCUUCCCGGGCCCUGUCCCACGUGCGAGUCAGGCCUCUGAGUUCUUCCCGGGCCCUGUCCCACGUGCGAGUCAGGCCUCUGAGUUCUUCCCGGGCCCUGUCCCACGUGCGAGUCAGGCCUCUGAGUUCUUCCCGGGCCCUGUCCCACGUGGGAGCCAGGCCUCUGAGUUCUUCCCGGGCCCGCGCCCCGAUGCAGUUGUCCGCGCUCUGAAAACCCUGAGCCAUCGGUCGGGUCUUCAGCAGCAUCUGCUCGUGCUGGGAACGUCCGACGGCGUUUCUGACUGUGGCGCACGCGUGGCAGGCACAGAAAAGGGACGCCUUCCAGAGAACCGCCCAAAGGGCAGGCGCUGCACGUGGCGUCGGGGAGGUCGCCGGCCCGUCCAGAGCCGCCCAGUGACCCUCCCGCGCCCUCCGGGGGCCUCUGCGGACGUCGCCGCGCUGGGCACGCGCGGUUUCGCGGGAAGCCGGGGGGCAGGUUCAAGGCUGGGAAUUGAAUUUUUUCUUCAGAAGCGCCUGUGCCCACCCCGGGUUUCUCUGGGGAAAAACACGAGAUUAGUGCACUUCGCGUUUCUCUUCUUUAGAUUUCACAACUACAGGCUGCAGGCCCAGGGCCGGAACUCCCGCCUCGCCUUCCCCCAGGCUCCACACGCGUCGUCGGGCUGGGGGCGGCGCCCCGGGGACCCCGCGGUGCUAGAGUUCCCGGCGUCCCCCGAACGCCCUCCGCGACCCCCACAGAGGAGCGCCUGAGCCGCCGCGGGGCACGCCGGGAGGGCGGCGCAGGCGGGUAAUGACACUCGGGCGCCAUAUCCUGGACGCGCGUGCGCGGCGGCGGCCGAGACUCUGCUUCCCAGGGAGCCGCGCGGCGCGUCUACUUCCGGCGGGAGGCGGGGCCCGGAAGCGGCGCGCGGGGCCGGCGAAUCCCGCGGCGCCAGGUCGGAGCGGGGCCGGAGUAUGCGGGGCGGCCGGCGGUCAGCGGCGCGCGGCGCAGUCGUUUCCCCGCGGAGGUGGCGGCGGCGCGCGGCGGCUGUCCUGUGAGCGGCAGGAACGGCAGGCUGCGCGCGGGGCGGGCGGCCGAGAGGCGGGUGGGCCGGGGGCGUCGGGUACGGGGCGGCCAUGUGGAGCGGCCGCAGCUCCUUCACCAGCCUGGUGGUGGGCGUGUUCGUGGUCUACGUGGUGCACACCUGCUGGGUCAUGUACGGCAUCGUCUACACCCGCCCGUGCUCCGGCGACGCCAACUGCAUCCAGCCCUACCUGGCGCGGCGGCCCAAGCUGCAGGACAGUUAAUGUUUCUGUACCAAAGAAGACAAGAAAUAACGGGACGCUGUAUGCCUACAUCUUCCUCCAUCACGCUGGGAUCCUGCCAUGGCACGAUGGGAAGCAGGUGCACCUCGUCAGUCCUCUGACCACCUACAUGGUCCCCAAGCCGGAAGAAAUCAACCUGCUCACUGGGGCAUCUGAUGCACAGCAGCAGAUCGAGGCGGAGAAGAAGCCAGCGAGCGCCCUGGAUGAGCCGGUGUCCCACUGGAGACCGCGGCUAGCGCUGAACGUGAUGGCGGACAACUUUGUCUUCGACGGGUCCUCCCUGCCUGCCGACGUGCAUCGGUACAUGAAGAUGAUCCAGCUCGGGAAGACCGUGCAUUACCUCCCCAUCCUGUUUAUCGACCAGCUCAGCAACCGCGUCAAGGACUUGAUGGUCAUAAACCGCUCCACCACCGAGCUGCCCCUCACCGUGUCCUACGAUAAGGUCUCGCUGGGGCGGCUGCGCUUCUGGAUCCACAUGCAGGACGCCGUAUACUCCCUGCAGCAGUUUGGGUUUUCAGAGAAAGAUGCCGAUGAGGUGAAAGGAAUUUUUGUAGAUACCAACUUGUACUUCCUGGCGCUGACCUUCUUUGUGGCAGCAUUCCAUCUUCUCUUCGAUUUCUUGGCCUUUAAAAACGACAUCAGUUUCUGGAAGAAAAAGAAGAGCAUGAUUGGCAUGUCCACCAAGGCAGUGCUCUGGCGCUGCUUCAGCACUGUGGUCAUCUUCCUGUUCCUGCUGGAUGAGCAGACGAGCCUGCUGGUGCUGGUCCCGGCCGGCAUCGGAGCCGCCAUCGAGCUGUGGAAAGUCAAAAAGGCAUUGAAGAUGACUGUUGUUUGGAGAGGCCUGAGGCCCAAGUUUCAGUUCGGCACUUACAGUGAGUCUGAGAGGAAGACUGAGGAGUAUGAUACUCAGGCCAUGAAAUACUUGUCCUACCUGCUGUACCCUCUCUGCAUCGGGGGUGCUGUCUAUUCACUCCUGAACAUCAAGUAUAAGAGCUGGUACUCCUGGUUAAUCAACAGCUUUGUCAACGCCCGGCCCUCCACGCCCGUGAGUGCAGUCUGUCUUUCCGCAGGGGUCUAUGCCUUUGGCUUCCUCUUCAUGCUGCCCCAGCUCUUUGUGAACUACAAGUUGAAGUCGGUGGCACAUCUGCCCUGGAAGGCCUUCACCUACAAACUGGGCUCUCCCUCCCCCAUGUGGCCUGCAGGCUUUCAACACCUUCAUCGACGACGUGUUUGCCUUCAUCAUCACCAUGCCCACGUCUCACCGGCUGGCCUGCUUCCGGGACGACGUGGUGUUUCUGGUCUACCUGUACCAGCGGUGGCUUUAUCCUGUGGAUAAACGCAGAGUCAAUGAGUUUGGGGAGUCCUAUGAGGAGGCCACGCGGACACCCCACGCGGACUGAAGGCCGCCCACCCUUGGGGCAAGUGCACCUUGAAUUGUCAGUGAGUGUUUUUGGAAGCACCUGGCGGAAUUCCUAGACAUUGCGUCUUCUGUGUUGCCAAAAUCCCUUUGGACGUUGCUCAGACCCCUCCCAAGUUCCCUUCACAUCGUCAGAUUUGGAGCUGGAUUCGCUUAUGAUGCCCCCACCCCCCCCGCCACGUGUGAACGGACAUCUGUCUCGGUCACCAAGCUGGGCGCUGCCAGUCACCCUGAGCUAUGGUGGCUCCUGGCACGUGAGUGUCCAGUGGGGGUCAGCCAUGUCCUCACGCUGGCAGGCGCGGGAGCCCUCACAGGCAGGGGGGCUGUCGGAUUUCCAUUUCAGGUGGUUUUUAAGUGCUCCUUAUGUGACUUUCAGACACGUAUGGAAUUCAUUCCGUGUGGACUCUGGGAUCAAAGGCUCUUUCCUCUUUUGUUUGAGAGUUGAUUGUUUUAAAGCUUAAUGUAUGUAUGUUUCUAUUUUAAAAUAAAUUUUUCUGGCUGUGGCA